UCGCCAUGGCCGCUGUGCUCUCCCCGCGCCCCUGAGCCCAGCGGCGCGGCCCCUGUCCCGGACUCUCCCCCUCCGAGGUCCCAGACCCGAGCCCUCGCCGGAGGACUAGGAGGAGGGAGCGAGGGAGGGGCCCGGCCGGGCGCGCCGCGCUCCACUCCGCUCGGCAGACAGGCAGACAGACAGACGGACCAGCUCCUUCGGCUGCCAGACCCUUCUCCCAAGCUGAUUCCUUCCUGGGGCCAGCCUGAAGUUUGGAGCAGGACGUUCUGGGGAAGUCUGGGAAUAGAAACUGUUGGAGGAUCAGAAGACAUGGCUUCCCCAACAGCACCAGCAUUAUCUGCACUCAUCUAGGUGAGGAUACCUCGCUCGACACUCUGCCCAGCAGCCAGCCGUGGCGGGGGGCCAUUCAGGAAGCUGCCCUGAGCUUUCCAAGUUUCAUUCCAGCUUGUCCUAGCCACCGCCGACCCGAGCAGCACCCCCCCUCCCUUCCCCACCUUGCCCCUGGUUUGGGCGGUGGCUCCAGAAGGCCAAGAUCACCCUGUUGGGCACUGCCCUCUUCAGCUGCAGGACAGGAAGAGGGGGUGGGUUGAUCACCCACAACCCCUCCCAACUCCAGGCCCCAAUGAGCUGAGAAGGGGCAGCCAGAAGCCCCUCAAACCCUCCCAGCUGGACUCUCUGCCUAUAUCUCUGACUCUCAUCGGGGCAUGGCCAGCAAUAGCAGCUCAUGCCCAACGCCUGGGGGUGGGCACCUUAACGGGUACCCGGUGCCUCACUAUGCCUUCUUCUUCCCUCCCAUGCUGGGCGGACUUUCUCCACCUGGCACCCUGACAAGUAUCCAGCACCAGCUUCCUGUCAGUGGGUACAGCACUCCGUCACCAGCCACCAUUGAAACUCAGAGCAGCAGCUCGGAGGAGAUUGUGCCCAGCCCCCCCUCACCACCUCCUCUCCCCCGAAUCUACAAGCCGUGUUUUGUCUGCCAGGACAAGUCUUCGGGGUACCACUAUGGGGUCAGUGCCUGUGAAGGCUGUAAGGGCUUCUUUCGUCGAAGCAUCCAGAAAAACAUGGUGUAUACGUGUCACCGGGACAAGAACUGUAUCAUCAACAAGGUGACGAGAAAUCGCUGUCAGUACUGCCGGCUGCAGAAAUGCUUUGAAGUGGGCAUGUCCAAGGAGUCCGUGAGAAAUGAUCGGAAUAAGAAAAAGAAAGAGACACCCAAAGCAGAGUGUUCUGAGAGCUAUACGCUGACCCCUGAGGUGGAGGAAUUGAUCGAGAAGGUCCGAAAAGCCCAUCAGGAAACCUUUCCUGCCCUCUGUCAGCUCGGGAAAUACACUACGAACAACAGCUCAGAGCAGCGGGUCUCCCUGGAUAUUGACCUCUGGGACAAGUUCAGUGAACUGUCCACCAAAUGCAUCAUCAAGACUGUGGAGUUUGCCAAGCAGCUUCCCGGCUUCACCACUCUGACCAUUGCUGACCAGAUCACCCUUCUCAAGGCUGCCUGUCUGGACAUCCUGAUUCUUCGGAUCUGCACGAGGUACACACCAGAACAGGACACAAUGACCUUCUCAGAUGGGCUGACCCUCAACCGGACGCAGAUGCACAAUGCAGGUUUUGGGCCCCUCACCGACCUGGUCUUUGCCUUCGCCAACCAGCUGCUGCCACUGGAGAUGGAUGAUGCUGAGACCGGGCUCCUCAGUGCCAUCUGCCUCAUCUGUGGAGACCGGCAGGACUUGGAACAGCCAGACAAAGUGGACACGCUGCAGGAGCCGCUACUGGAGGCCCUCAAGGUCUAUGUGAGGAAACGGCGGCCCAGUCGGCCUCACAUGUUCCCCAAAAUGCUGAUGAAGAUCACGGACCUUCGAAGCAUUAGCGCCAAGGGAGCCGAGCGAGUGAUCACGCUGAAGAUGGAGAUCCCGGGCUCUAUGCCACCCCUCAUCCAGGAGAUGCUGGAGAAUUCAGAGGGACUGGACACUCUGAGUGGACAGCAGGGGGGAGGGGGGAGGGAAGGGGGUGGGAGCAGCCUGGCCCCGCCACCGGGCAGCUGCAGCCCCAGCCUCUCCCCCAGCUCCAACAGAAGCAGCCCAGCCACCCAUUCUCCCUGACCUAACCCCAGCUCUCCCCCCUGCGGAAACACGGACACAGCCCUCACCCCACAACCUGGCUUUCUCUGCCUUCAAAAAGAAACCACCAAGAAACACGUCUCCCCUCUCCCGUCACCCUCCCCUCCCAGGACUGAAGGAGGUCUCUGAACCUCUUGGGGGCCUGGAGUCUGCGUGGGAGGAUGGAAGAGGUGGGAAGGAUGGAGCCAAGUCUCCGCCCCCUCCGUCCCUGUGAUGGACCUAACUUCAGCCUGAAGUGGAUAUCAUCCAUUGUCCUGGACGGACCUCCAAGACACGGUGGGGGUUGGGCCGUGGGACCAAGGGCCAAAGGGUGCCCUCUUCCCAAAUCCCAGGCCUGGGCCCUAGCAGUGAGACCCUGCCUGGUGGAGAGAACGCCAUGCUCAUGGAGGCGCCUCUUUGCUCACCACCCCCCUACUUUCCACUCCACCCUCCACCCCCCAGCUUCAUGUUCAUCACCAGCAAACUCCGGGGGCUUCCGGCCCCACCAUUUUCAAAACUAGCAAGCCAUCCGCCCCCUCCCCAGGCUGGGGGAAGUCUGGGGGCUCAGGUGGGGGGGGCAGAGUCCCCAUGCUGUGGAAUCCCCUCAGGUUGGUGAUGGGGGGCAGGGCUUCUCCCCUGUACAUACCCCACUGAGUCCCGCCCUGCCUCCCCUUCCCUUUCCUCCCAGAUAUUACCACCUCCCCCGCUGGUUUUGUUUUUAUUUUAAUUUUUUUGUUUUGAUUUUUUUUUUAAAUAAGAAGUUUCAUUUUAAGCACAUUUGUACUGAAGGAAUCUGUGCUGUGCAUUGGGGGGAGGGGUGCUGCCCUGGGGGCAGCUGGGCUCAGAGCCUGGGGAGGGGGAGGGGAGAUUAAUGGGAGAGGGGAAAAAAACCCUAACCUCAAGGCAACUCCCCCCUUCUUAUUUCCUAUGCCCACCCCUUCCUCUCCCCCACAAGCCCAUUUCGCCUCAGUUUUCUCUCUCAAACUGUGAAAUACCGCUCUAAAGCCAGACCCUCUCUCUAUACCGCCAACACUUCCCCAUCUGGGGAAGAGGGGUCCAGGCCCCCACCCCACUUCUCUCUACUCCUAACCACUGGGUGUGGGCUUUCCUAGAGAGCAGGGGAGAAAGGAGGUUCUGGGGAAGGGGCUUAUUGUUCCUCCUCUCCCCCCUUAACUCCUGUUGUGUGGUGCUCCCCUCUUUCCUCCCCCGCCAAGGGUUGGAGGGUCCUGGUCUGAGAGAUUGGGGGGAAAUCAAGAGGAGCUGGGCAAGAUGCACACCCCACCCCCUCACAAGGCGGCUGAGAGCUGAUGCCUCCUUCCCCCCUCCCCCACCAUGUCCCAUCUGGCCUCUCCUCUCCUUGGGGACCCUGCCCUGUACCCACUGUGAGUUGGACAGCGACAGGGGCCGGGGAGGAGAGCCAGAGGCUUAGAGACACUGGCCUCUGCUGCUCCCACCCCAGCCUCACAGCCACCAGCAACCCUAUUUUUCCCCACCGUGGUCUGGGGCAGUGGCCACCUUACACCCGCCCCCGCCCCCCCCCUCCACCCCCUUCCACACACUGCAGACGACACAGAUACCUGAGUUCCUGAGUCAACAUCUCUUACAACCCGGCCUCCUCUGCUCACCUCCUUGCAUCUCCCCCUUCCCUUUAUUCUUGUCCCCCCCCUGCAGGGCAGGCAUCUGCUGGGGGGUUCUUCCCUCUCCCUCCCAGGGUUGGGAGAGCUGGCCCUGCCAGCCUCUCCAUAGGGGC